GCUGACCAACGCGGAAGAGAGAAAUGAGUAGGAGCGUAACAACGCUAAGUUACUUCUGUUCGUGAAAAAUAAGUGUCUGUUUGGUGUUUUUUGUCCAUACGCGCCAACAUGGUUCGGUGUUUCCUGAUCCACACCGUGUGUCCGGUCAGUGCUCUGUCUGCUGGGGAGAGCAGGGUCCUUUACUCCCGGGUUUUCGGUCCAGAUGAGGGAAUCCUGACCGACCAGCACCGGGAACUCAGCCCGGAGGAGAGGCGACUUCUGCAGAAGGAGAAGGCAGCGGUGGUGGCGAGGCAGGUGAAGAGCGCCGUGUGUCUGUCCCGGGAGGCUUCAGGCCGGCUGCUGGUGGAGGCGGUGCCGGGCGAGGAGGCUCUGGCCCUGCAGGAGGCGAACAGCGGAGUGGUACGCCUGAGAGCUGGAGACCCCUUCACCGAGGAGAUGAGCGCUCUGUGGCUGGGAGUCCAGAGUCUGGGCUUCACGCUGGUGUGUGAGCCCCACGAGAACCUGCUGCUGGCCGAGGGAACCCUCCACAACCUGACCCGACACUGCCUGGAGCAUCUGCACAUGCUGGGGCAGGGGAGCGAGGUCCUGCUGAGGAGCAACCGUAUCGAUGCUCUGCUCAGCCGCCUGCUUCCUCACGGGCAGCUCCUCUUCCUCAACCACCGCUUCGCCCAGAGUCUGGAGAAGGAGGUAGCGGCCUACAUGGCCAAGUGAAGCGUAUACGGCGGCCAUUUUGAGGUCACCUCUGUCACCUCGCUGCAGUCUGACUUCCAGUCUGAGCUCUGUUACUUCUAGUCUGUCUCUGCUAGCUUUCAAACAAACAAGUCGACUCUUGUUUACCUUUGGUGACAUUUCUGCGGCGGCAGACGAAGAACGGACUACUGGCAGCUGCUGUUUCAGAUUGCAUGAGGUGGUAAACACACAGAGUGGUAUCUCCCUCAGCCACUUGCAGCUCACUGUUGACUGUUCACUGUGUGGGAGGCUUCAGUUCAAAUCCUGUUUGUCAAAUUGAAGAGUGGAAAGGAAAAUGUGGCAGAUUAAAGAGUGCAGCUGAAGAGGCCAGUUAAAACCUACUUAUCAGCAUCAAAGACUGCUAUUUAUCUAAUUCCCCAUACUUGAAAUGUCACAGUGUGACCUUGAGCAACCAGACUUCACCUGGUUUCUGUUUUGUUUUUUUGACUUUUGAGUGUAAAUGAAUCAUGAAGUGUGUUAUUGCAUUAUCGUGACUUCUAACAGAGCUUUUGUUCCUGAAGAGUAGGAGGAAACCAGAACAGGAUUUAAAAAAAAAAAUGCAGUUCAAGGUGAUGAUUCAUCUCAUUGUAAAAACAAAUGGAGCAAAGAAAAAUCAAAGUCAAACAUGUUUAAUGUCAUUUUGAACCAAAAAUGUCAGAAUUCAUGAGACACUGCGGACAAUGAAACAGGCAGGAGAUUGCAUGAAAUAUUAUAAAACUACAAUGAAUGAAGGCAGAUGUUGGCAUCCAGAAUACCGAACAAAACUGGAAACAUUCAGACACAACAAAUAACAACUGCAUUCCCAUGUCUUUGUGGACAUCUGUUGUACCUCUGACUGUGUCUCCCUGUGAACCCAGACUCUCCUGCUCCUCCGGCUGCACUCAGAAAAGCCUCUGAACCCCCAGAUUUUGUGUUGGCAACUAAAUCCAAAACUAAAGCGGUGAUCUCUAGGGAGAAAAAAAAAACCUGUCUGGUUGCCAACAUCAGUUGCUUUGAUCUUCUCCUUUUUUCUGUAUUCAAAAAUAAAACUAAUUUCUAGUAUCA